AUGUCCGCCAUGGAGGUCGACCAGCAACCUCAACCCUACACCUUCGACCUAGGCAACAUGCUCUGCGAAGACACCAACCCGAUGCCAUCGCUGCGAGACGCGGAGACCAAAGAAGCGCUGCUCGCCGCGCGAGCGCAAUCCUGCGCCCAGGCGCUCAUCCACCAGCUGCUCAAGACGUGUCCCAUAACGCGCUCCGAAGACGACGGGAAUCUCCAAAUCACCCUGCCGUCCCCCGCGACGCCGCUCCCGCGCGAGAAGUCCGUCCCCAAGGAGAAGGAGAAGAGCAAAUGGGAGAAGUUCGCCGCGAAGAAGGGGAUCAAGGCGAAGAAGCGGGACGGCAAGCUGGAGUAUGACAAUGAGAAGGGCGCGUGGGCGCCGAAGUAUGGGUACAAGGGGAAGAAAUCGAAUGGUGGCAUCGCGGACGAUUGGUUGGUCGAGGUGGAGAAGGAUGGAGGAGAUGCUGGCGGAGAGAAGAAGGAGAAGAGGGCGAGGGAUAAGGGCGAUACGGCGAGGAGGAAUGAGAGGAUUCAGAAGGGCUUUCAGCAGAGGAAGGGGAGGGAUGUGUGA